GAGUGAAGUACAGAGCACAGCUUGGCACAGCUUUUAAGCCUGUUUCUAGGGCGGUAAGGCCGCCUAUCCGAUACCUCCACCUUCAACUUGACCUCUCAACAGCCAUAGGCAACCAUAACUAUUAUAUUCAUACCACGACUUGGCAACAACACGUACCGUACACAACUAAGAUACUAGCUAUGGGGAAAAAGAGAAAAUCGAUCUCGAAAAUAAUUCCCGUACAAAACAUAACGCCUGCGCCCAUAUCGAAGUCUUGCAUAGCCGCCACAACAUCUAAGAAAGCAGUCAAAGCAACAACCUCCACGACUACACCCAUGUCAAAGCCUGUCGAAAAAACAAAAAAACUCGAACCCUCAAAACAAGAGUCAAGUGGCGCAACGUCAUCAGAACAGGCAAGGUGGCAAUACGACGUAUACGCUCAGCCGUUUGUCACAAAUGCGUUACGUUCGAUCAACUUGGAACAAGCGCGCAUAGUCUUGACUCCAUCAGAAUACCAAAUUGACUACCAAACGUAUAUUCAGAACUUUGUAGGCAAUGGCUUCCUCUCCGAAAGGCCUAGUGUUUCGCCCGAAUCGAACACUGGAUCCUCGCCACCUAUGAAGGAGCUGAGUGAACAAACGUACCUUCAAUACUUCAACGCAUUGUGGAAACUUGAGAGUGCUGCAAAAGAAAGUGAAAACGACGGAUACGCCCUGUACAAGACCUCACUCCAGCGCGCGUCUGCGCAGGGUGAUGAGGAAAUAUGGAUGAUAUCAGUACCAGGACUGCGAGAAGACAGCCCGAACGUUGAGAUGGGCGAUACUAUCCACAUUCGUCAGCUAUGGGUUGAUAUCGCUGGUAACCUCAUGCAACUACCAUCACAGGUGACGGACAAAGUCACAGGACACGUUCGAAUCGACCAGAAAGUCUGGACCGGACUCCAGCUCAACGCUUCUGUGAGAGCUGUCAAGAGGGCCCAAGAGACGAUCUAUGUGAAAGUAGAAGGACUGACAUACCAUUAUGCAGCAAGUAGUGUUCUCAUGGUAAAUGUGGUGUUUCCAUUGAAACAAUCAUGGUACGAACAGCAGAGAGCUUUGGCGUGCGUCGAUGCCGAGCUGAGGCAGGCAAACUGUCCGCUGCAUCGUGUUCCCACUCGUGAGGAGAUCGAUGAUGAGUUCCUCGACAAGUUCGAUGAAGUUUCUACUGGAGUACAGUACAGUACAAAGGAAGUACUGGAGAAACGAUUGUGCACACCUCACAACGAUUGGAUUCGCAGAAUACUUUUCCCUACUGAAGCCCACGCUAUGCUCCAAACUCAGCUACGCAGAGUCCCGGCCCGGGCAUUCUUUGACCAUGCCAUCAAUUAUGAGCAAGCGCAUGCUGUUAAAUCAGUGUGUGUCAACGAAUAUGGCACACUUCCAUUCUUGAUAUCAGGGCCUCCAGGUACAGGCAAGACAAAAACACUUGUCGAGACAGCCAUGCAGUUGCUCAAUGACGAUUCUACCAACAUCUCGCACAUGCUUAUAUGCGCUCCAUCUGAAGCAGCAUCAGACACGCUCACUCUGCGACUGAUGCAACACCUCAAUUCCAAACAACUUUUCAGACUCAAUCGACCUGGACGAGCCAACUACGAGGUGCCACGAGAGCUCAUGGCGUAUUGUCAUAUGGAAGAUGGAGUGUUCAACUUACCACCCUUCGGAAAGCUCAUGUCUUUCAACGUGGUUGUCACAUCAUGUCGGAAUGCAUCUAUUCUCGCCGAGGCACGCUUGACCAACAACGAUCUAUGGACGAUUGAGACUGGCAUGUUUUCAGCAUUUCACCCAGAAGAACAGAAACUAGUGCCAUCGCUUCACUGGGGCGCUCUCCUCCUUGACGAAGCGGCUCAAGCUACUGAAAUGGAUGUCUUGCCCGCCAUCAGCGUCAUCUGUCCUCCGUCAGCGUACCCAGAGCAACUGCCCCAGCCGCGUUUCGUGAUGGCGGGUGACGAGCACCAACUUGGCCCACGAACUGCAUCUCGAGACCCUCUAUUCUCUACAUCUCUGUUCGCACGCCUCUUCAACCGACCACUGUACAAGGAUCAUCCACUAUCACGCUCGAACCUGAGACCAUCGUCAGGUCCGCCAGUUUUGAAGCAGUCUAUGCUUCCUAUCUAUUACCCUCCGUUUGCUAAUCUCAUACGCAACUAUCGCUCCCACCCCGCGAUCCUUAGCGUCCCAAGCUCCGUCUUCUACAACGAUACUCUUAUACCUGAAGCACAGAUGCCCAAUACACCUCUUCAAGACUCAUCUCUAUGGAAAGGCCGCAAAUGGCCAGUCCUAUUCUUCCCGCACACAGGAUCCGACGACAUUGAGCGUGACGGCAGCGGCUGGUACAAUCACACCGAAGCACGCCGCGCCUGUGAUAUUGCUCAAACACUGGUUUUCGAAUCUCAUGUUGCUCAGUCCGACAUUUGCAUCAUGUCUCCUUUCGCCGCGCAAGUCAAGAUCCUCCGUUCGUUGAUCCGGUCAACUCGAUAUGGUAGCGGCUCCGGGAUGUGGGACGUCAACAUUGGUCCGCUUGAGGCGUUCCAGGGUCUAGAGAGUCGUGUCGUGAUUAUAUGCACGACGCGCACGAGGGACCAGCAGUUGGGGUUAGAUGCGAAGAGAGGAUGGGGUAUCGUGGGCCAGAAGCGAAAGAUGAACGUUGCACUGACACGAGCCAAAGAAGCGUUGUUUGUGAUCGGAAGCCCAUCUGUGUUGCUACAAGACUACUACUGGCGAGCGUGGUUGGCGUUUUGUUGGCGCAAUGGAUUGGUCAACGAUGCGGAGGGGUUGUGGAAGGGAGAUGAUGUGGACUUCGGCAAGCAUGGGACUGGGGUUUUGGAACGCGCGCUGACGGUCAAAAAAGAACAGCACAAAGGCAAGGCAUUAGGAGCCGGCGCUGAUACCAAUACCAUGAGCGAGGAGUAUGAGGCCUGGCAUGAGAGUUUAAGGGAAGCGUUGAAUGAAGAGAAUCUCGAUGGAGAUGCUGACGUAGAGACGGAAAGAGCAGAGUACGAGGAAGACUAUGGCGUCGAGUACGAUCUAGAGGAAACGUCGUAAAAGGUGUAGACGGUCUCAACCUCCAAGGCGUCUCGUGUGUAUUCGACCGUAGUUUCCUAACUGCAGUCUGGUGUGAAAGUAAUUUCAUCAUACUAUUCCGGCUACUCUUACGUCUCUAUUUUAUUCUCAUAGACUUAAAUACGAUUGCAUUGCGCUCA